ACCAUCGAGUUGGUCGACCAGUGUAAGUCACAGUUUGUGAAGUGAGCCAGUGAAGGUAUACCAGAAGAACGUCGUUACACACGUGGUUUUGUCUUUACCACGAAGUCACUCAAACCAAAUAAGAAUAGCCAUAUUUUCUGUACAAUCAAAUUAUAUAUAAUAAUAAAGAAAUAAUCAUAGAAUAGGAUAAAAAAGAAUAAUACUGGUAAUAAUUUCGAUAAUGGACACAAUUAAUUGAAUAAACCGCAAAUGAAAUGCGCUGUGUAAAAUGGCACGAUGGAAAAUUUGGAUGAAGAACCACUUACUUUUGGCGUUCACAGUCAUAACAAUGGUUCCAAAAUUGUGCUAUACAUUAAACGAGAACAAAAUUUCUUUCGUAGAUAGAGAACUUUUUAAAUACGUCGAUGAAAUUUUUGAUGAAGAUCGAUAUAAAAUAUUUCCAGGUUUGGAAAUUGAAAAUAAUACUGUGUCUAAACCAACAGAUAGAUGUUUAUUUAAUAAAAAUAAAAACACCAUAAAUGAGACUCAUUGUGAAGAAAGCCGCUCGAUGGGCACUUUAGAAGAUUAUUUUUAUAAAAAAUUGUAUCAAUACACACAAAAUCAUGUUGUGGCAGUAAAUGUAUCGGAAACAUCUAGGUUUUUUAAAGUUGAAACUGGCAAAAGCUCAUUUAUGGCUGGGUUUGGUGUUGGGUUUUUAGCGUUUGCCUUGAAGAAACUUCUACUCCCCGUUAUUAUUGGAGCCCAAAUUUUCAAAUCGAUUUUAAUAGCCAUGUUUUUGCCUUCAAUAUUGGGUAGCUUAGGAAAAUUAUUGGGUAAAGGUUUAUCAUCGUUUAGUGGAAUUUCUGGAUCUUCCGCUGGUUUGGGACAUCAUGCUGAUAGUCAAACAAUUGAUGAUUUUGAAUUUAAAGAUACAGGACCUUACAAUAAUGAUUUAUCACCGGAUUACACCGUAAAUAACGAUAAUACCAUAACAUUAAAUACUGGAUCGUCUACUGAAGCAACAGCUAUGAAUAGGUUUGGGAUAGAAACAAAUAGAAUAUCGUAUGUUCAAAACCCAUCAGAUAAUUAUUACUUUAAAAAGCCGCAGAAAAAAACAGAUUUUAAAGUUUUCCAUAAAAUACCACCUUCAUCGUUACUUCUUACAUCUUACGAUCCAUUCUACAGUCCUUUACUGUCAAGAUUAGAUUCAGUUUUCCAACAGCUUGGACUUGGUGAUUCUAAAAUAUUAAACGUUGAAAAAUGUAGGGAGAGACUCGUGUGUUUGAUGUAUGCAAAUCCCGCUAAGUAUGCUCCUUACAGUAAUUUAGUAUCCGCUCAACUCAGCAGGGAGUUAAACGAAUUGAAAAAACCGACAUCUGAUAAUUCGGAAAUAUUAAGAUUCUUUAAAUACAUGAAAGCAGCUAAAGACGGACAAGACAACGAAAAUUGUAAAGAAUAUAAAGGUUGCCCUCAACUUUCUGGCGAAUUAGCUAGCCCAGCCAUGCUCACAACCUUCAACGACAUCAACAAGUUGGUACAAGCAAGAAAAUUAACCUCGUAAAGUCAAUACAUAAAGAAAACGUAGUACGUGUAUAGCGAUUUUAAUUUAUUAUUUAUUUAUUUAUUCUUUCAUUUAAGUUCUACUCAAUAAGUUAAUACCUAUUUAAUUAACAAUAAAAAAAUUAAAGAGUAAAAAUUCA